AUGUCAUCUCUCCAACUCGCCCUUCUUUCAGCAGUACUGAGUUUGCUCUUAUUUUCUCUCCAUUCAGUGUGUGCAGCUCAUCAUUCCUCCAGCCCAAUGGCUCAAUCCUUGCCUUUCAAGCUCAUUCGUAUGCAAGAACAUUUUCAGGGAGCUAAAGUCAUUGCAACUCCACAAAAAGAUGUUUCGUAUUCCUUGCAAACUGGACCAAAGUUGUUUCUGUCUAAACCAAGUGAGGAACCAUUGCAUCCCAUUUGGCCUCUCCAAUUCAAUUGUACUCUCGCCAAGAUCACACCCUUCAACCAUGACAUUCAAUGGACCAAGCUUUAUUAUGAUUACAAGAACAAGCUUGGAAGAUUUGAUUUCUUUGACAACUAUUACGACAUGGACAACUCAUGGGGCUCGAUCAAUAUGACCAUCUUGUGGAUUGGAAAUGUGGUAUGGUAUGUUUAUCCCAAAGUUAAACAAUGCUCGCUGCGAUCGAAAAACCUUCCUCUCAUUUCUCCAGAUUGGCUCAAAAUGACGAAUUAUGUAGGGAGAACUCUGUUCAGGGAGAUGUACUCAGAUGUAUGGCAGUUUCCAAACGUCGAUGAGCUCGAUGGAAUGAGAUACUAUCAUAGGGUUGGAAAUUCUUCUGAAACCAAAACUCCUCUUCGAAGCACCAAUCAGAUCAAUGAUCCUGGAGCUACAGAUUAUUUCGAUUUCACAGUAGGUCCUUCACACUUUAGCUUGUAUCAAGUUCCAGUGUAUUGUAAAGACGAUAUUUUCAACCAUUAA